UUGUUGAUGUGUUUCAGGGCGUUAUCUAGAGUGUCGACCCUGGCGGUGACUGCGCCAGCCAGCUCGCAGCUGUGUGACUCCUUCAGGGGGUCACUGGUGAGGCAGCAAGUACGCUUCUGUAAGGACAACCCAGCCUUCAUGGACUCCGUCAAGAGAGGAGCUAUCUGGGCCAUCGACGAGUGCCAGUUCCAGUUCCGCACUCGUAGGUGGAACUGCUCCACCCUCAACGACGAGGCUAUUGCUGCCUUCAAGAAGGCUUUCAAACCCAAGAACUCACCAGAACUGGUGACGGUGAGCAACAAGACAGAAAGAGCAGUACCUGUCACUUCACAACCCGAGGUAAUGAAGGCAGGGGGAGAGGAACCCCACCCCGCCGCUCCUCACCCCUUCCAGAACACCUCCCCGGCCCUGCCUCCCUCCUACACCCAGCGCAGAGGACGGAAAUCGCGCAAAAAAUCACGAAAAAGGUCCAAAGGUGGAGAGGGUAUCGUGGGACCAUACCCUAUAGUGCCCCAAGGGGUGGUUCACCGUGCAGGUACCCGGGAGGCGGCCUUCGUGCACGCCAUCUCGUCGGCAGGCGUGGCGCACGCCAUCACACGCCGCUGCUCCUCGGGGGAGCUGGAUGACUGUGGCUGUGACAGAUCUGUGAGAGGCGUCACGCAGCACGGCUUCCAGUGGUCAGGAUGCUCCGAUAACAUAGCCUACGGUGUCUCCCUUUCCAAGAGGUUCGUGGACGCCAGAGAUCGUAAACUGGUGAAGAAGAAAAAGUCGAGCAAGCACCGCGUGAGCAGUCGCGCCCUUAUGAACCUUCACAACAACGAGGCUGGACGCAAGCUGAUUGAGAUGAACAUGCGGGUUGAGUGUAAGUGUCACGGAGUGUCUGGUUCCUGUGAGCUCAAAACCUGCUGGAAGGCCAUGCCCACUUUUAGAGAGAUUGGAGAGAUCCUCAAAGAGAAGUUUGACGGAGCCACGGAAGUUCGCGUCAAGGAAGUUUCCGGCCGAGCGGAACUAGAACCUAAUAAGCAAUAUUUCAAGAAGCCAACUGAGGUGGACUUGGUGUAUGUGUCGUCGUCUCCCGAGUACUGCGACUAUGAUAUCAACAGUGGCUCGCUAGGUACCCACGGUAGACGCUGUAACAAGACAUCUCGCGGCCUGGACGGUUGUGAUUUGCUGUGCUGCAACAGAGGCUUUACCAGCUUCCAGGAGCGUGUGCAGGAGCGCUGUUCCUGCAAGUUCCACUGGUGUUGCUACGUCAAGUGUAGAACCUGUAUACGGGACGUUACAGUUCACACGUGCAACUAGCCAACGCCACCUCCAGUGUCAAUGCAGUUCCGUUCCUCGAAUCUCCCCUCUCUUCAAUGACUGGCCUAGUAGAACCUGCGUUCUCCUGGCCUAACUACGACAGAAAUGGCUGCGGACGGAAACGCAUUUGUAAUGUCACUCUUACCUGAACAUAGUCUAAGUUCUUGUAUUUAUGGGAAUAUUUGAUAGAUUUAAAAGAAUACAUGUACAAUUUUAUGCCAUAAAUUAUUAGAUUUAUCGAGAUUUUCUCCAACAUUUAUUACAAAAAAGGUGCCAUUGUCGCUUCGUAGCGGUCCGGACUUAGUGUGCAAAUUCUCCCUCAGAAAAGACAUUGUGAAUAUAAGCUAACGGUGAUGCUGAGAUCAUCUCCAGAGUCCUGCAUUACUCUGGUAAUAUGUGGGAGUGCGAAGUCACUAUGGAUAUCUAAGGAGCUUAAAUCCCCUAUCCCAAACAAUGUAAAUAUUCCCCCUUUAUUCUUAGAUCUGUAGAUUAGUGGUUUAAGAAAUAACGUUUUAGAACAAAGAAUAUUCGUAGACUUGGUGUAGGAUCUUUGGAAGAUCGAGUUUUGUACAGAUGUCUUGUUAUCUUAAUCAAGUCUCCCUGUUAUUUUGUAAGACUAUCACUAACGGUCCAGCAACAACUAUCAUCUUUAGACAUUAGCCCCUCUGGAUCACCUCAAGAUUUCCUCCCACAAAGAAAAAUAGUGAAAUAUAGUUAUGGAAAUUAUUAAUAUAAACAUUUCUUUUAAGCACCAAAAUUAUUAUAGAAACCUAGCCCAAUCUCGCUGAAAUGAACGUAUAUUAAAAUAACAUCUGAUUAUGAAUUUACAUAAGUAUACUUCUCUGUUUUCGUUGUGUGAGGAUGCUUGACGUGUCCCUCCCUCCUGCUGCCCUUGUUUGUGUAUGUUUCUUGUGCUGCCUCAUUACCUGGGAUGAGUCUCCUCCAUAACUUGUAGAGAACUUAUACUUACCCUGAUGUAUAUAGAUCCUGUUUUAGCUUUUAAGGCGAAUUUAUUAUAUAUUACUGUACAUGUCCUGUACAUGUUUUUUUUUUUUAACCCCAGGAAGGUGUUAGGUGUGUUUUACAGUGAAAAAGGAAUGACAUUACGUUUGACAAGUCUUAGACGCUAAGAAUCACUAUAUCAGAGACACAAAUCUCCAUUAAUUUUUUUACGAGGCUUUGAUAAGAUCGAUACAGUAAAAACGUUAAUGUCUUUAUUAGGCUGCUCGAGCAUAAUUUUGUUAGUUUUGACAAUAUAAAUAAAUAUGCUAUGAAUUAUGUGGUCAGUCGUUUCCAGCAAGAGGUUUUUUUUAUGCUAGUAAUAUCAUAAUUAUUAUUCACUUUACAUACAGAACGAGUUAACGCUUUCUAAUCCAACUCCAUAAACAAUAAUAAUAAUAAUAAUAAUAAUAAUAAUAAUAAUAAUAAACAAACUUACUAAGAUGAUACACAUAUACGUUAUCAGAGAUUGCAUGAUUUAAGGAUACAUACUUGGUAAAGCCCAUUGUUAUGCAAAACAUUUCAGAAACUUUUCUUGAUCACGAGUCCCUAACUAUUUUCUCCGCCACUGAGAUUCUUUAGCCUCUUCUGUAUUUUGUUCUCAGGAUUUUAAGCUUUGCUUUUAUAAAACAAGACGAGGGUUGUUGACGGUACGAAGGUGGUGGUGUUCAAGUGUCUCCUGACGUGAGUCUGUCCAGUGAUGAGCCACAACUGGUUAAGCAUCCGCUGGCUGACUGGAGCUAUGUUUUACAUCCUAUUUAAUAAACAAAAGAUCAGUGAUCACAGAAGGGUAGUGACCGACUCCACAAUAAAUAGUAUAUCCUAAGUAAUAACCUAACUGAUAUCCUAAAAAAAAUCUAUAACGCCAGGUUGGGGUUUAUUAGUCAGCAAACUGGAUAAAUGUCUCGUGCACAGAUCUUCGACAAGUUGGUUCAUUAAUGGAGUUUAAAGCCUAUCGACUACACUCGAGUCGAUAAGGUUGUACAUAAUCUUUUCCCCACCAUAUACUUCAAUCCCUAAAAUAGGGGAUUAAAAUAAACAGCCUAUAUACACUGGAAAAUACACACCUCAGUGUAUAUAUAUAAUAAUAAGCAGAUAUAGGGUAGCAAAUAACAGCAUACCUAAUGAUGGCCUAUUACCUUCUAGAAUUUGUUUCCCGAACGCUUUCGCCAGGUUCCUUUAGCGUCCUCACAAAAUAUACUGUAGUUCAUUAUCAUCUUAAUGGUCGCCAAAGCGAAAACAUCCGUAGACUUGUAACCCACACAACCUAUUCUACUCUCUGCUUGCUCCUGCACCAAAUCCUAUCUAUAAAUAAUUUCUUUUCUCACUAGCCUGUUUUAACAGGUGAGGACCUUAAAAGACGUACUGUUUUAAUACCUCCCUACCCUAUAUCCCUUAUAAAUCACACAUGUACCUUGUGUGUGUGUGUUUCGGCGCUCACCCAGUCCAUAUAUACCUGGCCACUCCUCGCCGCUGCUGCUGGGUUAAGCCCUGGCACUAUUUCUAUGCCUAUGGAUACUCCUCUCCAGCGGUGUUCUUCGCCUGUCCCGUCUUCCCUGUUCACCUCAAUGGGGGUCUUACCUAAAUCUCUUGAUCUUGAUUGUAAUGAUCCACGAUUGAUCAUUAAUGGUCACAUUAAUAAUCUUCUGAGGUUUGAAUAUAGAAACAUCAAAACAAUACAGAAUAUGAAGAAGUUAAAUCAUGCAAUUUUAUGAUUGAUAAAAUAGGUUGGGUUAAUUGGGCUUAAAAGCCUAUCGAUUACUCGAGGGUUAUUAAGGCUGCAUGUAACCAGUUCACUACCAGUCAAAAAUACUUUAAUACCUAAAAUAGGGAUUAAAGUAAACUACCAGUGUAUAUACAUCGAGAAACUACCAGUGUAUAUACAUCGAGAAACUACCAGUGUAUAUACAUCGAGAGACCUGCACCUCUCGGUGAAUUUAACACUACACUACUACUUAGUGUAUAUUUAAUCCUACUGAAAAUAAACAAUCUCGUUUUCAGAUGUAAUUUUUCAAUGCUAUUCUGUAAAGUCUCUUCAGACAUGUGUACAUCCUAUUGCUACAUUUUUCCUCCUUAAUUAAAUGUGUCUCAUGUAUCAUCAGUGACAUGUGUCAUCAAGGACAUGUAUCCAACGAUCGUCAAACAUGAACUGUAAUAUAGAUUAAAAUU